AUGGAGGAAGAUUCAGGGAGCAUGUCACCUUUGGUAAAGGAUCCAAAAGGUGGGUUAAUGCAUGACUCUGUAAUGCAUAAUCUGAUUGGUGAAACGUCAUCUCCUGCUAAACAAUUGAAGCCCUUCUCUGAGGCUGAUUGGGAUAGAAGAGAUACACGAUCUACAGCGGGAGUGAUGACUAAGUCGAUGUUGCAUAAGCAGAAGACUUCUCCCCUUGGCAGAUGCAUAAAAAAGGAACCACCAUCACCCAAAAAGUCAAAGUUGACUCCUUUAUCUGAGAAGAAAAAAACAAAACCUGAUUUGGUCUCAGAGUGGUCUCAUUCUGAAGAGAAUGAUAAAGAGAAGAACUCAACAGCCGGACUAGACAAGUUGGUAGUCUUCUGUGGUAAAGAAGAUUAUGUUGAUCGUCCAUGUCGGUCUAGACACCUUGCUUCUACCCAGCUGGACCCAUUCGUUGGGAGUUCAAUAGUUAAGCGGAUUGUGAGUGGUAAAAUCCUUUCUCCUGCAGCUUAUGAUCCUUUUGAACCGGUCAGUCCUGAAAAGAUGGAUAAGUUAGAAAAAUUUAUUGACCAUGAUCUGGAUAACCCUUUGGAUUCCACGAAUUCAUCUGCCAUGUUCUACAUGAAGAUCAAGAUUCCAAAAGAGCAUUGGCCUGAAGGAGAACCUGAAUACGGAUGGCUAACAGAUGUGCAAUUGGCUCCAAUCAUGCAAAUGCUCCGGAAAAGGUCAAUGCAAACUGUAUCUCCAUUUUUGCCUGAUAGGAUUGCAUUCCUUGAUCCCUGGUUUGUGAAUCAGUGGGCAGUAGAUUACAUCAAGUUUGAUAAAGACUCCAAUUGGAAAUUUACUGAUAAAUAUAUUGAUGUGUAUAAUGGGGAAUCUCCACCUAAUGGAAAGACAUACAAGAAGUGGGUAAAGGAUAUAGAUAUUCUGUACCUUACUCACAACAUUGGGAAAGAUCAUUGGGUAGCCCUGGAGAUAAAUUUAAUGAGGCGGAGGAUCAAAGUGUAUGAUAGCAUCGUGUCCUGCUACACUGAUGUGGAAAUUUACGAAGCUUGCAGGCAGUUCACUAGGAUGAUACCUGCAUUGAUUCAAGCUAUGCCACCUGUGGAAAAGAGAAAAAAACUUGGUGCUUCAGCCUUCUCCAUCUACAGGGUAAAAACAGCUCCCCAAAACUUUCAAACAGGAGACUGUGGCGUAUAUUCUGUCAAAUUCAUAGAGUGUCUGGCCAUUGGUAUUAGCUUUGAGGGUUUGUGCGAUUCAGCCAUUCCUGGUAUUCAGUUGAAGCUUGUUGCAGAGGUUUUUGAUGAGGUCCCAGAUUCCGAUUGUUUCAUCCAAAUUAAAGACCCUUUUGGUGUUGACACCGUAGGUGUAGAGUUCAUCUCCCAGAAUGACCCUUCUUAA